CUGCUUGGACUCCUUCAAACAUGGAGACUCAACAGUCUAAGGCCAUGAAGGAGGACUCCACGACCAAAGAAGAAGCUGCUGUGGAUGCAGAGCUAGCUAAAGCCAUAAUGGCUCGGUGUUUCCACCCCUCCUUGAUUGGUCCGGAAGCCUGGGAGGGAUACGUUUUUUCUGAUUUGGAAAUCCGUAUUAAAGAGUCCACAGACCUCUAUGGAGCUGUACUCUGGCCCUCGGCGAUGGUGUUGUGUCAUUUCUUAGAGACCAACCGAGACGAAUACAACCUGACGGACAAAAAUGUGAUUGAACUUGGUGCUGGAACUGGGCUUGUCUCCAUCGUGUCCAGCCUGUUAGGUGCUAAGGUGACCUCCACUGACCUGCCGGAUGUGUUGGGGAACCUCAAGUACAAUGUCAUGCGCAACACCAAGGACCGAUGCAAGUACAUCCCUCUGGUCACAGAGCUCAUCUGGGGUCAGGAGGUGGAGCAGCGUUUCCCGCGUGCCACACAUUGUUUCGACUACAUCCUGGCAGCUGACGUGGUGUACGCCCAUCCUUACCUCGAGGAGCUAAUGGACGCCUUUGACCACCUGUGCCAGGAAAACACACAGAUCCUGUGGGCCAUGCGCUUUCGUCUGGACCCAGAGAACAGCUUUGUUGAUCGCUUUCGGCAGCACUUCCACUUGGAGGAGCUGUACGACCUCCCCAGUCUAAGUAUCAAACUGUACCGAGCCUGGAGGAAGGACAAGAGGACUAAGGACCAGGGAGGGGCUGCUGCUUGAAUUGUUAAUACACAGUGUAUGUUCAUUGUGUGUGAGAUUGCGUGAGUGCGUCUGUGACUGCAGAAUUAGGUAAAAUGUGUAAAUUGUCUUGCUGAAUGGAAAUGUUUGUAAUGUCGUGUUUUUAUGGAUCGCAUGUGCAAAUGUCUACAUUAAGACUUGUUGAUAUUCAUAGUUUGAUAUGCCAGAUGGAUCACAAUCACAAGUUGUGAUCCAUGUUUUUACACGUUAUUAUAUUAUUUACAGUAUUUACAGGUGUAAACUUCAAAAUGACCGUUGAAUUCCUUCUGACAAGGGGUCAACAAAAGCUGAAUGGCCUUAUUUUUUUUGCUGAUAUGAUCAUUUAGCUGAACUUAAUAAACUGGCAA